CGCACGGUAAGAAACCGCAGGGAAGCUUGUCUUUCUCAGCCUACACUCCCUGCUGUUCGUCUUCAGUUAAUUGUCUACAAUUUUGUCUGAGACACAGAGCUAGAAACCGUAAUCUCGCUGGACAAAUGACUCGAAUUUCCCGAAGAAAUAUGCGAGGGAAAACUGUAACCUUCUCUGAUGGUGAUGAGCCGCCGAACAGGGCAACUCCGAAUGCGAAAACCCGUGCGAAAGACCGAAGUCUCAAUCGAGUAUUAAGUUUAAGGUGGAAGAUCUUCUUCGUUUCUGCAGCUGUUCUGGUUGCAAUCGGAUUGUAUGGGAUGAACUAUUUUGUAAACCCUGAGAAGGAGUCUGUUAAACCCAGGGUCGUUACUCCAUUACCUGCUCCGAAGCUCAUGGAUCUUCCUAUGUUCGAAGGGGAGCACAAGGAGAGUUUAUAUUGGGGAACAUAUAGGCCACAUGUUUAUUUUGGAAUACGAGCAAGGACAACACAGUCUCUUCUUGCUGGUUUGAUGUGGCUUGGUGUUAAGGAUGGGAGGUACACUAUGCGGCAUGUAUGUCAAGACUCAGAUGAGCUUAAAACCUAUGGUUGGACACAUCACAAUGGACGGGAUUAUGGCCGACAACUGUUGGUUGACCAAAAUUUGAAGUUGACGACAAGUUUUCUUAAAUCGAUGGAGACAGGAAGUGGCUAUGGAGGGGACUGGGCAGUUCGGAUUGAAGCAGAAAGUGAAGUACAUAAUGAGGAAAUGUCAGAUGUUGUUCACCUGUUCUUUUACAUGGCUGAUGAAAGUGGAACAGCUCUAGAAUUAGGGAGGGGUGCCUCAGAUAUUCCAGGUGACCACAUCCUUGCACUUGGUUCAAGAAAUGAUAUUGGUAGUUGGAAGCUUCAUUUAGAGUCAAAGGAGGACUUUGAGUUCCAUUAUGCUGGUUUCAAGACAAAUCACUUCCACAAUCUAUCUGACCUUGUCCAAAUCAAUCUUGCGAUUCAGGCUAGGAAUACGGGUCGGUUACAACUCUCUGAUACAUCUGAUAAUGCACCAAAUGUUCUAGUUUUCCAGAUCUCUGCAAUGGUUCCCAUGAAAGCAGAUUUUUCCUUUGUGUCUGGUUCUAGUUUAAGGGUAGAAGAACGCAUCAAACACCUUACAGGUGAUUUCUUCACUAGUCAUCUAGAGCAGAAGCAGAAGCAAUUUGAUGAAAAUUUCAAAAGAUGCUUUAAUGUGUCUGAUGAGCUCGACUUUGAAGCCUCAACAGUGGGCAAAGCAGCUCUUGGGAAUUUAUUGGGUGGGAUUGGAUACUUUUAUGGCCAAUCAAAAAUUUCAGUUCCACCAUCUUCUAAUCUUGUACCUGGUGAUAACUAUGUAUCAUAUUGGCCAGCUGAGCUAUAUACAGCGGUGCCUAGUCGUCCCUUCUUUCCUCGGGGUUUUCUUUGGGAUGAAGGAUUCCACCAGCUACUGAUAUGGCGAUGGGAUGUUAGAAUUUCUUUGGAUAUCAUUGGGCAUUGGUUGGAUCUGAUGAAUGCAGAUGGCUGGAUACCACGUGAGCAAAUUUUAGGUGCUGAAGCUUUAAGUAAGGUACCUCCUGAGUUUGUUCUUCAGCAUCCAUCUAAUGGAAAUCCUCCAACAUUGUUUUUGGUUUUGAGAGAUCUGAUUUGUGGCAUGAAGAAAAACAAGUUCACUACAUCUGAAAAAAAUGAUCUCACUGUCUUCUUACGUCGUGCAUUUGCGCGUCUUGAUGCAUGGUUUAAGUGGUUUAGUUCUACUCAAUCGGGAAAAAUUUCAAACACUUACUUUUGGCAUGGAAGGGACAACUUGACUAGACGUGAAUUAAAUCCAAAGACACUGUCUUCUGGAUUGGAUGAUUAUCCCCGUGCUUCACACCCAAGUGAAGAUGAGCGUCACAUUGAUCUACGAUGUUGGAUGUACGUUGCUGCUGAUUGCAUGAAUUCUAUUUCAGAAUUUCUUGAGGACAGUAAUGUUGGAAAGGAAUAUGGAACGACAGCUAAGCAGCUAUCAGACUUCGAGCUUUUAAACAAGUUGCAUUUUGACAAUAACUAUGGAGCUUAUUUUGACUAUGGAAAUCAUACAGAGAAGGUUCGGCUAACUUGGCGGGUUUUAGAAACACCGGGAAAUUACCCUACUCGUGAACUUGUACGAGAAGUUUUAGAGCAGCCUUCACUUAGACUAAUUCCUCAUAUCGGCUACGUUAGCCUCUUCCCCUUCAUGAAUAGACUUAUACCACCUGAGUCGGGGAUACUAGAAAGACAGCUGAAUCUUAUAUCGAAUUCGAGCAUUCUGUGGACUAAAUUUGGGCUUAGAUCUUUAGCCAAAACAAGCUCAAUAUACAUGCAACGCAACACCGAGCACGAUGCACCUUAUUGGAGAGGACCAAUUUGGAUGAACAUGAACUACAUGAUUCUCUCCGCACUUAAAUAUUAUUCUGAAGCUGAUGGGCCAUACCAAGACCAAGCUAGAAAUAUAUACAAUGACCUGAGGAGUAAUGUGAUCAGAAACGUUGCAAAGAACUAUAAGCAGACCAGGUACCUGUGGGAGCAGUAUGAUCAAAAGAAAGGACACGGAAAAGGCGCAAGAGUAUUCACCGGUUGGACUUCGCUUGUAGUUUUGAUGAUGGCUGAGUUAUACUACGAUUGUUAGAUGAGCUCAAUACAAUGGCGACAUCCAACAGUUGGGAUCAUUGCUCAA